CCUCACCUCUCUCUCUCUCUCAGCCCAGCUGCGCCUAUCAUGGGUACCAAGGCCAUGUCCUUGGAAGCGUUUGUGGCCAAUGAGACUUCCGUGUUCAUGAAUAAGCCUCCUCCACAUGUAUUUAAACUGAUGUCUAUACCAUCAGCGGUUUUAAACCUUGCCCUGGGUUUGCUCUGGUGUAUCAUCCACGUAGUAAUCAACCUUUUUAGCUUAUGUUCUCAUCUGACGUUCAACCUAGAGUGUUAUCUUAUUUCAUCUGGGUUGUUACGGAGGUAUCGGAAUCUCCAACUGUCUAGAAUCAAAUGUCUGGCUAUUGUGGUAGAUAGUAGAGAAGCUAAGAAUACAGUGAAGAUCAAUCAGCUGUUAUGUUGGCUCAAAACUCUUGGCGUGAAGUAUGUAUGUCUCUAUGAUAUUGACGGAGUGCUAAAGAAAUCGUUUGAACCUAGUAUGAAUGGCUCAAAAGAUGAAAAAUCCGGAGAUUAUUUGGAUGUCAGUGCAAACAUCAAAGCUUUAGACUGUUUUCACAGAGGGAUGACGCUAGAGUGUAUUUCUGGUUCCGAUGGUAAGGAGGGCAUUGCUAAAGCAGCCAACUUACUUUGCUGUACUUAUUUAAGCGGUGAUAGAUCUGGUCACGAGAAUGUCAAAAGCGAGUCAGUAUUUACAGAAACUGACAUGGCUAGUGCACUGAAAUCCGUAGGUUGUGGUGGACCAGAACCUGAUCUUCUUCUUGUGUAUGGUCCUGCCAGAUGCCAUCUAGGUUUUCCUGCAUGGAGAUUACGAUAUACUGAGAUUAUGCAUAUGGGUCCUCUGAAAUCAAUGAAAUACGGCGCGAUUGUGAAAGCCUUGUAUAACUUCUCAAAGAAACACCAGAAUUAUGGUAAAUGAGAGCUGAUAUUUAUAUACAGAAGACCAGGCGUUAUGUAGAAAAGCACUUCUGGAACUGGAAACUUAACAAUGGUUUUGCCAUACUGUUGAUGAUUAUACUACUAGAGAUUAGUUAUGGUCAAUAAUUCGCCGCAAAUGCCCAUGCUGUGUUCUGUUUUGGCAAGAUUAUAAGUGUAAUUGAUAGAACAUACGGGAAUGGAUCCCAUUGUAAAACUCGCCUGGAAGAUUAAUCAGCCUGCUCUCGGCCGAGCAUACAAGCAGAUGUGGAUUGAUAUCAGCAUUGUCCUGUACCGGAAUCAUGCCGAUCUUUUUUGCUUGUUAAUACUAUGCAGCAGACAGCAGCUGCUGACAUGAUUUGACGA